GAAGCUCAUUCUUGUGCGCUUGUCAUCUUUGUUGUGUUUUUGCUCGGUUUAGAUCUUGUAAAUAUAUCUUUACAUGAGAGGAGUCUGAGAUGACGGCUGUCCCACCGCAGUUAAAGGCUGUUCAGCACCACUUAAGGACUGCCCAGGAGCAUGAGAAGAGAGACCCCGUCGUUGCUUAUUAUUGUCGCCUGUAUGCCAUGCAGACAGGAAUGAAACUGGACAGUAAAACCCCAGAAAGUCGAAAGUUUCUUAUGAAACUAAUGGAUCAGUUGGAGACGAUGAAGAAGGAACUCGCCGAUAAUGAAUCCAUCUCCCAGGAGAUCGUCGGCAAUGCCCACAUUGAAAAUUAUGCCUUAAAAAUGUUCCUCUAUGCAGACAACGAAGAUCGUUCAGGCCGCUUCCACAAGAACAUGAUCAAGUCUUUUUACACAGCAAGCCUUCUGUUGGACGUGCUGACUGUGUUUGGUGAGCUGUCAGAGGAGAACAUUCAGCACAGGAAGUAUGCAAGGUGGAAGGCGACCUACAUCCACAACUGCCUGAAGAGUGGGGAGACUCCUCAGCCUGGGCCGAUCGGAAUGGAAGGAGAAGCAUAUGAUGACGAGUUUGGUGCUGAAGGUGGAGCCGAAGGUGGUGCUCCUCUUGCCGGAUUCCAGCCGCAGGUGUCGUUCCGCACGGCUCCCGCAGACCACAGCCCUGCCGUCAUGCCUCCACCCUCCAACAACCUCCAGAUUCCCCCUGGAUCCCACGCUCCAGCCAACACCCCCGCAGAGCCUCCCCGACCCACAGGUGAGGCAGUGAAGCCGAUCACCAUCCCAUGCACCAUGCCACCUGACGUCUCUCUCACCAACACCAAGCAGGCAGGUGAUGUGCGGCUCACACCAGAGGACUUCACUCGGGCUCAGAAAUACUGUAAAUACGCCGGAAGUGCACUGCAGUAUGAGGAUGUCGCCACUGCUGUGCAGAAUCUACAGAAGGCCCUGAAGCUCCUAACCACUGGAAAAGAAUGAAGGCACUGUGUGACCACUGUAUCUCUGACCUGACCCUUCUAAAGCGUGCUCCGCUCUGCUCAAGAGCGCUCCACCUCCCUCCAGUGCCACUCCAUUCUCCAUCUGCUCUUCAGCUAUGGACUGUAGCAGCUGUUCAUUUGUAGAGAAAAAAAAAACACCUAUCAAUUAAAUGCCCAAUAACAAAUAUUCACAAUUAAUAACUUAUUGUGGUAACUAUUAUUGAUUAUGACCCCACAAAGUCUGACGUAAUCAGGCCGGACGGAUGUGUUGGUGUGAUCACAUGUUUGGGCCUUUUUUACUUGGAGCAAAAUUAUCCACAUCUUGGGUGGAGCUUUGUUUUGUUUUGUUUUUUUUGUUUCUUUUCCUUUUUUUAAAAGACUCUUUCGUGCACUACUCUACCCAUUUUCUGGUGGACGGGUUUUGAAAUAAGUUUGCAUAUUAAUUCAAAGUGAUUUUUUUUUUUUUGCUGUUAGUAUAAUUGCAAUUGACAAUAAAUCUUUUAGAUCUGUUACCUUUUGACUGACA